AUGGGGGCAGUUCAUAUAAGCAUCAAUACAAUCCAAAAAUCACCAAGAUUUUCCAUUUACAUUAUGAAUCUUUUUGUUUUUAUAAUCAUCUCGAUUCUCUUGCUACUCACGACUACAACUGCCAGCCAAUUGGUAGCAGGGGGAGAAGAAGGAGGAGAUGAUAGAAAUGGUGCUAAUAUGAACAAGUGUCUGGAAAAGGAGAGACUUGCUCUCCUUCUUUUCAAAGCUCCCCUUUAUGAUCGCCGAGGCAUUCUCACUACAUGGAGAGCUGACGAUCAUGACUGCUGCAAAUGGAGAGGAGUCACGUGCAGCAACCAAACAGGUCAUGUCACAGGGCUUGAUAUCAGUAAUUUUGAUCUUGGAGGUGAGAUUAGCCAUACGUUUCUUAACUUAACCUACUUGAAUCAUCUUGAUCUUUCCUACAAUUCUUUGUUGAAUGGAACCAUUCCCAGGUCAAUUGGUUCAUUGACUCGAUUAAGGUAUCUUGAUCUUUCCUACAAUCAUCUUAAUGGAACCAUUCCCAGGUCCAUUGGUUCAUUGACAGAAUUAAGGCACCUUGGCCUUUCCGAUAACUCUUUUUAUGGAACCAUUCCUCCAGAGUUUGGAAACCUCACCAACUUGCAAUACCUUAACCUUGGAUCCAUUGGAAGGUAUAGAGUUGAAAACCUAGAGUGGUUGUCACAUCUCUCACAUUUGGAGUGGCUAAGAAUGGAUGGGAUUUCCCUAGCCAAACAAAAUUACUGGGUAGAUGUAAUUCUGAGUCUCCGAAAACUCUCAUAUUUAUCUUUAGAGGGAUGUGAGCUAUCACAGAUCAUAUAUCCAUAUUCUUCGUUUCUCAACUCCUCUUUUUCAUCUGUUGAGUCACUAUAUCUCGGUGACAACAAUCUCACCUCAUCCAUGUAUCGUUGGUUGUUCCCAUUAACCAGCAAUAAGCUUCGUUUUCUUUAUCUCUCUAGCAACAUGUUAGAUGGGAUACCCAAAUAUGUUGGUAAUCUCUGUAGUCUGGAAACUUUGUACUUCAAUAACAACUCUGCAGUGGUCAAAUUUCCUGAUUUUCUCAAAAACUUGUCCGGAUGCACAUCGCAUACAUUACAACUGUUGUAUGCUAUUGGAAGCCAAUUUACAGAUUCAGUUUCCGAUGAGAUCCAAAAGCUUUCAUCCCUAAAGUCUUUGGACCUGUCUCAUAAUCACUUAAAUGGAAGUAUAAGUGAGAAACUGUGGGAGCUACCCAGGCUUCAAACUCUUGACUCUAUUGAUAUGAGGUCUUGCAAGCUGUUAGGGCCUCGCUUCCCCAAAUGGAUUCGGACAUUCAAACGUCUCACCCGUCUUGAUAUUUCCAAUGCUGGUAUUUCAGACACAACUCCUCUGGGGUUUUGGGACAUAUGGCCUUAUCAAUUAGAUUAUCUAAAUCUUUCUUCCAACAACAUUAACGGGAAAGUACCAGAUUUAUUAUCAAAUUUUGCCAGAGAUUCAGCGAUAGAUUUGAGUUCAAACAACUUUUAUGGUCCAAUAACAAAUGUUUCUUCCACUUUGUUAUCAUUAAAUCUUUCCAAAAACAAUUUCUCUGGAGGAAUCGCAUUUAUAUGCCAAAUUUUUGAUGGGUUAUUAUUUCUUGACCUCUCUGAUAACUCAUUUAUCGGACAACUCCCGGAUUGUUUGUGGCAUUUCAAACGACUAAAAGUUCUUAAUCUCAGACACAAUAAUCUAUUUGGAAGACUUCCUCCCUCUGUUGGAUCUAUGACAGAACUUGAGGUGUUAUAUUUAUCCAAGAACAACUUCUAUGGAGAAUUGCCUUUGUCAUUAAAAAAUUGCACCAGCUUAAAGUCCUUGAAUUUUGGGGCCAACAAGUUUUCUGGUAAUGUGCCUGUCUGGAUUGGGGAAAACUUAACAGGGUUGUAUGUUCUUAUCCUAAAAUCAAACAACUUCUUUGGAACCAUCCCACUACAGUUAUGUCAAUUAUCCAAUCUUCAAAUUCUAGACUUGUCAAUGAACAAUCUCCAUGGAAUCAUCCCCUCAUGUUUGGGUAAUCUUACAAGCAUGGUUCAACAAGAAUUCUUACAAGUGGAUUACACGUGGUGUCAAGUACACAGAAACCGUCUACGUGUUGGGUGCUCUUCGUUUCUUCCGUUGACUCAGCUGAUUUCACCGACUCUUAGCCUCGGUUUUCCUUCUGUUUUCACUUCAUCGUCUCCAUUGAAUUCUGGAUGCUUCCCACCGCCUCUCCAAAACCCUCCGUCUCUCCCUUGA